CUUUUAUGACAGAACUAAGGAUAUUCAAUUUAAUUGCGCUCGUUGAUUGAGACAAAGUACUUUGAGCCUCUGCCUUGCUAUCACGCAAAUAACUCGCGCGACACCGAAUACACACUAACGAGCCAUCGACCUACAACACCACCUGCGCAGUCGCAGCGCCAUCCUGCAUAGAAACCACCAACCAUGUCCCCAACAACCCUCCACUCACGCUUAAAAGACCUCUCCGCAUCUCUCGGCCAAAUCCACCCACUCGUAAACCGCCUGCGCAACUUCACCACAGCCGUCGGCCAAGGCGAUGAAGCGCGCCUCGAACUCGGGACGGAGAUCCACACCCUCCUCAAGGAGGCGGAGGAGCAGAUGGAGCUGUUGAGGGUUGAAGUUGAGGCUCUGGAGAGCAGUAUGGAGAAUAGGAGGAAGGGAAUGGAUAGUGAGAAGGAGGCGGAGAAGGAGAGGGUUGUUGUGUUGGCGGGGAGGUUGGUGGGGGAUUUGAAGCGGACGAGAGGGGAUUUUAGGAACGCGCAGCUUCAGGCGAAGAGAAAUGCGGAACUUGCGAAACGGAAGGAGAGGGAGUUGUUGUUUUCGAGAUCGCAGGGUAGUGAGGCAAGGAAGCAGCCGUCUGAGAAGUUGACGCAGGAUGAUUUGAUGAUGAAUACGUCUAAUGAUGUGACUUUGGCGUUGAGGAGGACGCAUCAGUUGAUGCAGGCUGAGCUGUCGCGGAGUCAUUUUGCGCAGCAGACAUUAGAACAAUCGACAGCCGCCAUAUCCUCCCUCUCAGAAUCUUACACUAGCCUUGACACCCUUCUAUCGUCCUCCCGCAAACUUGCCAGCUCUCUCCUUCGCUCGCAGAAAUCCGAUACUUGGUACCUGGAAACGGCAUUCUACAUAAUCGUCGGUACCAUUUCCUGGCUGCUAUUCCGUCGCAUGCUCUACGGGCCAUUAUGGUGGCUUGUUUGGAUGCCAUUCCGGUUGAUGUUUAGAACCCUCUUUGCGAUCCUCGGAACUGCUGGUGUUACAAGUUCGGCUGUACAAUCAUCACAAGCAGCCGAUACAGUCACAGAAGCCCCGGCAUUAGUACAUGAAACACAACGGGCUGUUCCUGAAGGUGGCGCUGGCGACACUGCCUGGGAAAGGGAGGCUCGUGAAGAAACAGAUCAAGACCGCAUGAUUGACAAGAUUGGGCGUAUGGCUGAGGAGGGGGAUGAGCAUGAGGGAACGCAUAUUGAUGAUAUCUCGCCGGAAGAACGGGAACGACAGGACGAGACACCCCGAAAUCCUAAGAAGAGGAUGUACGAAGAAGGGCCGAUACCCGCAGCAAUGGCUGCCAAUUUCUUCAACAACAAAGCCCGCGCAGCGGCAGCAGCGGCAUCAAGCAGUACCAAGCAGAAGCCAACAGAUCCGAGAGAAGAACAGCUCCAGCCAUGGGUUGAGAAAUAUCGGCCAAAGACAUUAGACGAUGUCGCUGCGCAAGAUCACACGACGAAAGUGCUUUCACGGACAUUAAACGCUUCUAAUCUACCCCAUAUGCUCUUCUACGGCCCCCCAGGAACCGGAAAGACAUCUACCAUCCUCGCCCUCGCAAAAUCCCUCUUCGGUCCCGCCGUCUACCGCUCCCGUAUCCUCGAACUAAACGCCUCCGACGAACGAGGUAUCGCUAUCGUCCGUGAAAAAGUCAAGGGCUUCGCCCGGACACAACUCUCACAGCCCACAGGCCUAGACGCAGAAUACCUCUCCAAGCACCCCUGCCCGCCGUUCAAGAUUAUCAUCCUCGAUGAAGCAGAUAGCAUGACGCAAGAUGCGCAGUCGGCCCUUCGUCGGACGAUGGAGCAAUAUAGUCGAAUCACCCGUUUCUGUCUGGUUUGCAAUUAUGUCACUCGCAUUAUCGAGCCGUUGGCGAGUCGGUGCAGCAAGUUCCGUUUCAAGGCGUUGGACAAUAGCGCUGCGGGGACAAGAGUAGGGUAUAUUGCUGAGAAGGAGGGGUUAAACCUUGAGAAUGGGGUGAUUGAUAAGUUGAUUACUUGUGGGGAGGGAGAUCUGCGACGUUCUAUCACUUAUAUGCAGAGUGCUGCUCGGUUGGUAGGGGCUCGGGCGGCUGGCAAGAAGGACGGGGACGAGGAUUCAGAGAUGACAGACGACAAUUCGAAAAUAAUCACCGUGAGGAUGGUGGAGGAGAUUGCGGGUGUUAUCCCGGAGAGUGUAUUGGACAGCUUGACUCAGGCUAUGCAGCCGAAGAAGAUUGGUUCAUCAUACGGGGCUGUUUCUGCUGUUAUCACGGAUAUUGUGGCAGAUGGGUGGAGUGCGACUCAAUUGUUGACACAGUUGUAUCGACGAGUUGUCUAUAACGACGCCAUACCGGAUAUUCAGAAGAAUAAGAUUGUCACGGCUUUCUCUGAGAUGGAUAAACGUCUGGCAGACGGUGCAGAUGAGCAUCUUUCGAUUUUGGAUCUGUCACUUCAGAUCUCUGGGAUUCUUGGUGGUUCAUAGGUUUAGCUCCCGGUGGCUGCGCUCUACUCUAUUUGCAUAAAUCCCUUUGGGUCGCGGCGCCGUUGCACUUGCAUUCAUAGCAGCACCAGCCCGCUCCAAUUGAGGAACUACACCAUACCGCGUCCGUGUCAUUCGCUCCGAUCUGGACAGAAGAAACGGAUAAGCUACGAUUGCAUGAAGUGUAAUAGGAAAUCAAUGCUAUUUCAGACAUAUAGACUAAUUCAAUCCUAUUCUGGAGC